UAAUGGAUGAGAGUUAAUCUUUAAUCCUACUCACCUACAAAGAAAAUCAAAUGCAUAAAAUGAUGAUCAUGUAGCAAAAAAGGAAAGUAUAGGAAUUAGGAAGAGAUAAAAACAGAUUUGAAGAAAAAAAUGAGUGUUUCCUUAACAGUGAUGACCUUCAACCUACACGAAGAUCAGCCACCAGACAGUCCUAAUUCAUGGGAGAAGAGGAGGGAUUUGUGUCUCAGCGUCAUCACCAGCUACUCCCCACUGAUCCUCUGUACCCAACAAGGAGUGAAAUCCCAAUUGGAUUACCUUCAGCAGGGCUUGCCAGGAAAGGAUCGAUCCCCAGAUACUUCAGAUGAACACUGCAACAUCUUCUAUGACAAGGAGAAGGUAGAGCUGGUAGAAGGUGGAACUUUUUGGUUGUCAGAGUCGCCUUCUGUCCCUGGAAGCAUGUCGUGGGGCUCUGUUGUUCCAUGUAUUGCAACAUGGGUGACAUUCCAACUGAAAGGAGUCGAGCCACCUGGGUUUUCGUUUCAGAUAGUCAAUACAAAUAUCGAUGAGUUCAGUCCUCGUGCUCGUAGACGAAGUGCUUUACUUGCAUGGCAGCACAUUGCAUCCCUACCUCCUAGCUUACCCGUAGUAUACUGUGGGGGUUUCAACACACAAAAGAGAGCAUGGUGUGCAACGACUCUUCCAGAUGGUUUACGUCAACUUCUCGGACUAGGCUUCCGCGCGGUGGCUACAAUGACUACUGCUUAUAAUACUAAGUUGAUGAUUUUGAUGCAGAGAUUGAGGAAGAGGAGGCUGAGCCCGAGGAGGCGGCUCCACCAGAGUAUUGACUUGGAGUUGUUUUCCUUUGGAAAUUAUCUUUACUUGUUUUUAUGUUAUGUAAUUUGGAUUUGAAACAAUGUUAAAACUUGUAAUAUUUUAUUACGUGUGUUUUAAGCUAGUUUGUAUUUAAACAAAAUUCUAGUACUUAGUUGUAAGACUGUUAUUAUUUGCUGCGUGGUUUUAUUGUACACAUAUUGCAUGUACACGUACUUCGCACUUAGCGAUGGGAUGUGUGACCCGUGUUGUCAUCAUCUCGACGCCUCUAUUUCCACGUAUCCAUACGUGGGAGUUGGGGGCGUCACAGAAUUGGCCAACACACUUAACCUUGUGUGUAAGGUUGUGCACCGACCCUACAUCCCGCUGCAGCAAGGGGAGUCGCUGAGUAGUACUCUGGCAUACUACAGUGGACCACGCUUGAGUCUGUGGCUUGCACAUCCACCCUGAUCUA